UGACUUAUGAAUAUAAAGCUUUGUCAAUGCACUAGCAAAGCCAAACCAAAGUUAAUAGCUUUUCAGUCUUGAGCUUAGGGGGUCCCUUAUACCAAACUUCCUCACUGAAAGGGUGUUUGAUCUCCAGGAAAUCAUGGCGAAAAUUGCCUUGGGAACCAGGCGAGAGGCCACACAGCCCGACUGCAUCCAGGCCCUUGUUGUUGAGUUCAUUACAACCUUCCUUUUCGUCUUUGCAGGAGUUGCAUCGGCCAUGACUGCCGAUAAGCUAGCGGGAGGUUCACUGGUGGGCUUGUUUGCCGUGGCUAUAGCACAUGCACUGGUUGUGGCAGUGAUGAUCUCUGCUGGUCACGUAUCUGGUGGUCAUCUUAACCCAGCCGUCACCCUUGGCCUCCUAGCCGGUGGUCACAUCACUGUCUUCCGGUCCAUUCUCUAUUGGAUUGAUCAGUUAUUAGCAUCUGCAGCUGCUUGUUUUCUUCUUCAGUACCUUACUGGGGGAUUGAGUACUCCAGUUCAUACACUAGCAAGUGGAGUGGGCUACUUGCAAGGGGUUAUAUGGGAGGUUGUUCUAACAUUCUCCUUGUUGUUCACUGUCUAUGCUACAAUUGUGGAACCUAAGAAGGGGGCCAAUGGUUUAGGCCCUAUUCUUACUGGAUUUGUAGUGGGGGCCAACAUCUUAGCUGGUGGAGCUUUCUCUGGGGCUUCAAUGAACCCAGCUCGAUCCUUUGGUCCUGCUUUGGUGAGCUGGGACUGGACUGAUCACUGGGUUUACUGGGUUGGGCCACUAAUUGGUGGUGGGCUUGCAGGUUUUAUUUAUGAAAAUUUCUUCAUCAUCAGAUCUCAUGUCCCGAUUCCCACUGAGGAAGAAGGUUACUAAUUGUCCACAGUGUUGUACUCUCUACUAAAAACUUCUACUUAGCUGUAUUUCCUGUAAUGCUUCCUGUGGAUACUUUUUCUCACUUGUAUUUAAAGCUUUCUAUUUUUCUGUCUUAUCUAGUUUUCAUCAUCGUCAAUUUGGUGGAAAUGCUUGUAUUAAAAUCUUUUGUGCAGGAGUUUUUUUUAUUAGAAAUAUCAAUGGUCAAAUCUAGUCAAGCUCCAAGAUUAUUAUUUAA